AUGAGUGCCCUCAAAAAGAUGAGGGAGCUUGUUGGAAUGGGGUCACGUGAAUCACCCCAAUCACGUGUUGAUUCGGCGCUAGCCCCACCUGCUAGCGUGAGCUCCCAGCACAACACGAUUGUCAACCGCCUUCUAGAGACCUGUGAUUCUGAUCAGAGCUCCUUGGACGAGAUUGCCAUUGAUUCAGACUCGAGUGACAGUGACGAUACUGUCCCUGGUUUGAGUGCACCCGCCACCAUCGAGGGCGACACUUCCCCCUCCCCUUCCAAGGCUUUCACGCGUGGGCAUCGCCGUCGCUCCACGCACGUUACUCGCCGUGACCUUGAGAAGUUUCAAUCGGAGGUCCUAGGCGUUGAAAACCACGCCUCUUGGUUCGACGAAGAUAACGGCACCGGCACUCCGCAAUCCUUCACCCCCGACGACCCUCAACUUGAGGAACUGAAUCGCGCCUUUGCCGACGCCGACGUCUCUAUGAACACGAACACCUCCAGUAUGGCUACCAACGGUACCGGCCCCGGCAACUUCUCGGGUUAUGUCGAAAACAGUACUGGCGCGAUGAACAUACCCAACAUCCCUCCCCGCCAGACUCCGUCUCCUUCUCCUUCCCACACCUCGGUCACCCAGAUCAAUGGCGGUGGAAUGGGCGCCAUGGGUGCGGCAAUUCCGAUGAAUGCUGGCCAUCAGAUGGAUUUGCAUCAUCUCUAUGAGAUGGUUGUGGAAUUGAGCGAUGUGUUAAAAAACAACCGAGAUGUGACCAAGAACAUCGUCGCGAAUGCGGAGGAUAUUGUGAAGAACGGGAUUGUCGACAGCUCUGGUGCGAAUGGCCAGCAGGGCGAUAACCUCACCGCCCGGAUUGCCGAACUCGAGCGUGCCCUGGCCAAGGAAAAGCUUGUGAGUGCCGAUCACAAGCACCAUCGCGAGGAAAACAUGAAGAUGAUCCGGGAGUUUGAGGCCGCCGUGGGUGUUAUGGUCGAGCAAAUCCGCAACUACUGCCAGAACAACAACAUGCACUACCUUGCCCAGAAGAAGCAUUACAACAAUCUCCUCCAAGCUGAGCGCGACGCCCAUCUGGAAAGCCGACUCGACCGGGACUACUGGCAUGCACAAACCAUGAAAUGUGCCGAAAUGAUCCGCACCGCCUACCGUCUUAAAUGCGAAGAAGAUGAUGUCCCUACCCGUGUCAUCUCUGGUCUGCAGAAUGAAGUUCGUGCCUACCGCUUUGCGCUCGGCAUGGAACCCGAGAAACCUGAGGAUGAGUAUGGCUGGGAAUAUCUCAAGAAUAUUCCCGGUCUGGAGUAA